AUGCAUAAUAAUAAUAAUAAUAACAAUAUAUAUAAUAAUAUAAAUAAUAAUAAUAAUCAUGAUAAAUUGUUUUUUUCAAUAUGGAGAAAUAAAUAUAUAUUAAGCGAAAUACAAAGACAUCACAGGUUAUAUAAUGAAAAUAAAAUAAUAGAAAUCGACUGUUCAAUGGAUCAACUUAGAUACCAUCCACAUAGAAGAUAUGCAACAGAAAUUAUAAUCGGAGUUGACGAAGAAUUGGAACCAUAUGGACAAGCUAUACCUUAUGGUACAACAAAAUUAGAAUUUUCAUCCCGUUUUAAUAGAACAAUUAAAGAAGGUGAUAUUCCAGCAACUGUGACAGUUUUAAAAUUUAGUUUUGAAUAUAUUCUACCAAUCGAUUUUAAAUCAGUUUUACCACCAAGUGUAACAGAUCUAUUUCUCCCCAAUUACCAUGAAGUAAUCACACCAGAUAUGUUACCACCAUCACUUACAGUUUUAAAGAUUAGACCAGAUAAAGGUAUCAAAUACAUUCCAAAUUCUCUAAAAAGUUUAAGUCUUUUUAGUUUUAACCAGAGUAUUAUUCCUGGUUAUUUUGGCUCACUUGUAGAAUUAAACCUAGAAAGCUUUAACCAUCCUUUUAAAGCUGGUGAUUUACCUUCAGCAUGCGAAAAGAUAAAACUAGGUGAUUAUGACCAUCCAAUAGAGCCAAAUGUUCUUCCAUCUCAAUUAAAAACAUUAAAAUUAAAAUCAUUUAAUCACCCAAUACCGCAUAACGCACUCCCGGAAUCACUCACAAACAUAAAACUGCAUGAAUUUGAUCAACCAUUAUCAAAUUCUUUGUCCUCGUUAAAGUCACUAAAAAAACUUAAAAUGUUAACUUUUAAUCAAGAUAUGUUAAUUGGAGAAUUACCAAACUCUAUUGAAACUUUACAGCUAUCUUUUUUUAUAAAACUUUUAAAACCAAAUGUACUUCCACCAUCAAUAACUACACUCAAAUUAUUCUAUUAUGACAAUCAAUUAGAACCACAAGUGAUACCACCAAAUGUUCAACAUUUAGAACUAAUGUCAUAUAGCCAGAACCUUGGUAAACAUUUAUUUCCAAAUACUUUAAAGGUUUUAUCACUAUCAGAAUAUAGAAAUUGUUUAUUAGAAAAUGAUUUACCAUCAUCGAUUACAGAACUUCGUUUCGACUAUAAUGGUCCAAGCUCAUUCAAUAUUAAUUCAAUUCCACCCUCGGUUACAAUUUUAAAACUAGCAACAGACUAUAAUCAUCCUGAUCAGCUCCAUAUUAUACCCAAUUCGGUAUUAGAUUUAAGAUUACCUCGUUUUUAUAAUGAUCCUCUUCAAGUAGGUCUAUUACCAGAAUCCCUCACAAAAUUACAAUUUGGUUAUCAUUAUAAUCGACUCUUAGAUCCAGCUACCAUUCCACAAUCAGUUAAUCUUAUAGAAAUACCUGAUUAUUAUCAACAUCCAAUACCAGAUUCUAUAUCUAAAAGAUGCAAAAUAAAAAUAAACUAUUGGUAG